AUGACCUACGAAUUUGUCCCCACGUUUCUGAGCAACGACGCAUCCUUUUGCCUGCGCGAUAUUUCAGCAUCCGACAAAUCUGUAAUGGGCGAAUCGGAUCCCUGGGACCUGGCGGAAAAACGUUGGGAAACUAGCGACAAGUACUGCGAAUCGGUCAUGAACUUCAUCAUGACUUUCAACGACGACGCCGGAAACGGCAGGAGGAUGACAACCAUAUGGCUUCUACGGAAAUUUUCAGAGCAGCCCGGCUGCGUCUCGCCGCCGUACUUCAUUGACGGUAACCCCCUUCCCGAGAGGUGGAGCCUCCGGGGACAGGAGCCCGAAUCCGGCGAUCUGCGGGUCGAGGUCUGGCAGCUGGAGAAUCGCCAGUUUCCAGGUUGCAUUACCGUCCCGGAGACGACUGCGGCCGCAAAAGUCGACGCACGCGACGCGCAGAUGGCGCUAGACGUCGUGGCCGGCGCCCUGCGUCUCUCUUAUUUUACCGACGGGUCGGUGGAGCCUCCUUUGCAAGGUGAGGCUCGCGACAAGUUCGUGGGCGUGCGUGGAGGAUACGGAGUGGUGUCCAAGAUUCCGUUCCUGAAGAUGGGUGCGGAUGAGUGGCACGAAGAAGCCUUUUUCACCGACAACGCCUUCUCUAUCGACCACAUGGAGAUGGCCGGUAUAUCUCAAUGCCUGAGAAAUGCGCUAGACUUUGUAGACCAGUCUCGGACGGAAUUAUCGGCCAGAAAUGUCGAAGCCGUCAAGGUAGACGUCUUCACCGACUCAACCUCGUCCCUGGAGGCCAUCAAGAACGGUAUCCAGCCUAGGCUCGGCAAAACCGACCUCUACACACCCCACGUCCUGCCAAUCGUCAAAACAGUCGUCUGUCUCACACUGCAUGCACGCAACAGCAAUGCCGAGCUCCACUGGGUUCCACGAUGCUCCGUCCGGAAGCAUGAGCGAGCCGACGCUCUGGCUGGGCUGUGGAAGUCCGACAAGAACCCUAAUGUCAACAUUGACUAA